GAGCUGGGGCUGGUUGCCCUACUUCUCCCCUCCCUCCCCCGACAGGACCCUCUGUUUUCUUUUCUCACGUGACUCGCGGGGCAGGCCCCCGCCUGGGGCGGGGGUUAUUGAGAGCUCCCGCCCUUCGACCCCUAAGGGCCCCCGGACCCGACGGCCUCUUUCGGGUGCCUUCUGUCUUCUCAGGGGUCGCGUCCCUGCCUGCCUUGAGUCUCUGCCUAAUGCUUCUCGAAGGGAUCAUCUCCCUCCGGUGUGUCAACAGAUUGAAGUGGUGCCAUGCAGCAAGAAGCAGAGAGAUGCAGAGUUCGAAUCAAAAGGCCUGACAUGGCCCUUUAUGUCCCUAAAGCUCGAAGGGGUACAGCACUCCUCAAGGCAGGUGACAAGGAAGAAAGCUGCAGGCCUCCUGCCUUUGUGCUGAAAGAACAAAAAGAAGGUUGUCUUCCCCAGAAGAUCUCUGGAAAUAAGCCAGAGUCUCACAGACUGAGUGGCCAUUCUGAUAGGAAGGGGUGUGACUAUAGGGAAGGAAAGAGAACAUCAAAAUUAAGGGAAGAUGAGUGCCUCCAAAAACAGAGUAAAGACAAGGUUUGUAUUAAGAGAGGAAUUGAAGAGUCCAAAGAAGCCUCAUCUCAAGAACAUCAACCCAGAGCCCCCAGUGCUGGGAUUAUAUGUAGUGGACCUCUGCAAAGACUUUUUAAACCAAAGGAAGUGGAGUGUUUGGAAGUUCCAACUGCAGGAGUGAUGGGACCCCAGAAGGUGCUUCCAUCGAAGUCUUACUUAGAAGCCGGUGAUGCUCAGGUUCUAAAUAGAGCAUUCCAGAAUGUGGGGCUUUGUGAUUUCAGUGGAGAAACUUUUGUAAAUAGAAAGUUGGACAGCAGACUUGAAACUGAGGCCAAUGCUAUGGAGCUAGUCUCCCAGUUUCCUCAAGUUGUUACCACUCGGUUGAAACCAGAGGGUACGGCUGUGCUAGUAACUCCAAGUUCUGAUUCUGAAACUGUACCACACAGUGUGAAAACAUCAGAUGGAGUGUCAAAGCACACUCCUGGGAGCAUCUCUGCGCUUUCUGUUCCUGGAGGUUCAGAUGACGAUGUUGAUCCAACUUUUACAGACUUUGAAGCUGAGAAUGAGGAUGCAGUCAACACUCCAGAGUCUGUCUUGGGUCAGAAAGGUGUAGAUUCCAUUUCUGAGACUAUGGGUAGCAUUUCUCUUAAAAUGGCUAUAGUCAGCAAAUUAGAGAGCACAAAUGGCAUUAUUGAUCCAACAGUGACUGGAGAGUGUGAGAGUGACAGCUCUGCUGAUGAGUUAUGUGUAAAGUAUGAGCCUUCUGAUACAGCUGUCCUUGCUCAUGAAACAGACACAGAUAAUGGAUUUAAAAGUGUGUGUGGCACUGGCAGCAAGGCAUGUAUGGACGCCAUUGCAGGUGCAGUUUGUGCUCAUGUAACUGGAGGCAGCCCUUAUAUAGUCAGAGAAUCUGAUGAGAGUAGUCGCAAUACAAAUCAUUUUUCAGACUCUAUAGAAAUGAGUGCAGAUGUAGCCCUUCUUGAUGUAGCUAAAAGUGAGAACGACUCUGAAAAUGGUAGCAGCCUAACUGCCUGCUCUGAUAUUUAUGCUGAGAGCUUUGCAUCUAGUUUUACAGAGUCAACAGGAAAGUUGAUAGAGCAUGUGUCAGGUUGUGCUUCCUCUUUACCCAUAAAGAAGAUUGCUGAUAGUAAUUGUACCACUUGUUUGGACUCUGAACUGAGUGUGUCAAAUGGAACUAACCUCCUUUUGGAGAGUGCCUUGGGCAGCGAUCUGAAUAGUACUGAGGAGAUAACAGAGGCAGUGCACGAGCUAAGAAGUGCUGAAGAGUUUGAAACAAAAGAGGAAGAUGACUCAGGGAACACAGUGUGUGCUCUAUCAUUUUCUGAUAGAGAUUCAUCUGUGGAAACAUCUGUAGAGCUAAAAACAACAGACACUUCUCACAUACAAGGAAGUAUUGCUGCGGAGGAAAGCUGGGAAUCGAUGUUUAAUGAUGACGGUGACUGUGUAGACCCACGUCUUCUACAAGAGUUAUCAGGGAAUAUGAAGAACCGAAAAAGCAUCCAGGAGCCUAGAUUUGAUUAUUACAGCCACGAACUUCCUGAUAUUGACCUCAGUGAAUGUGAAUUCCCACAUGUCAUUGAAAUUUAUGACUUUCCUCAAGAAUUUCGUACAGAAGACCUUUUACGGAUUUUCUGUACUUACCAAAAGAAAGGAUUUGAUAUUAAAUGGGUAGAUGAUACACAUGCCCUAGGAAUAUUCUCCAGUCCAAUCACAGCCCGUGAUGCUCUGGGGAUUAAGCAUACCAUGGUGAAGAUUCGGCCCUUGUCACAGGCCACAAGAGCAGCCAAGGCCAAAGCUAGAGCUUGUGCUGAGUUUCUCCAGCCAGCAAAGGAGCGACCUGAGACUUCAGCAGCCCUAGCCAGAAGGUUAGUCAUCAGCGCCCUUGGGGUUCGGAGCAAACAGAGCAAAACAGAGCGGGAAGCAGAGCUCAAGAAACUGCAGGAAGCCCGAGAGAGAAAACGGUUGGAAGCCAAGCAACGGGAAGACAUCUGGGAAGGCAGAGGCCAAUUUGCAGUUUGAACAUCACUUACUGAAAGGAUGAAUCCAUGAAUUAGGAAAUGUGCUCAUAUUCUUGAGUCAAGAAGAUCCUUCCAGAGCUGUGUCCAUGCAGAUGAGCAUGUUAAAGAAAUGUGAACAAAAUACUGGAGGGCAUAGCAAGAACAAGGAGUCCUGUCCUCACCCUAAAGUCGAACUGUCCUCCUGUGGUAGAUGCUAAAAGGAAACAUCAAUUGAGAAGAAAAAUGGAGCACAUGACUUCUGAGAGUCCUCUGGUUAGAAGAGGUCGUGUUAGUGUGGGUCACACUUCCAGCAAGUCUAAAACAAGUACAGAGCAGAACAGGAUCCAAGCCUGCAGUGGUAGGAGUUGGAGGCCCACGUGGCAGAGUAUUCCUUAGUAUUUGAUGAAGUUGAGAACAGCAGAGGGGGCAGUGGUGGGAAGCUGUUCACAGAGAUGGAAGUGCCUGAUGUACUCGGCAGAUAAUCUACACUGCUGGCUCUGAAGCUCUAAAACCAGUGAAGCGCAGCACAUGUGGGUGUUUGGACUUCUGAGUUUGUACUAAGCUUGGUGCCUGGUACUGCUCCAACUGCAUGGCAGCCAGGGGUCUCUCCCUCCUUCCUCACAGUAAGCCGGUCCUAAGGAGCUGAGUGCCAGCUCCAAUUUAAGCAGUAAUGUGUUGUGAGAAGGCGAGAUUAAAGACUAUUUUACAAUAUUAAUCAAUCUGGUGUUUAUAAGUUUGCUCCCCACCACCACCACCCAAAGCCCAACAACAGAAGAAGAAAAAAGAAAAUCCAUAGAUGAGCUCUCUAAUCUUCAUGUCUCUGAUGCCAUUCAUGGUUUAAACGGGUGCUGCUUUUAUCAACCCCCAGUGAAUAGAGCGUCCGCCCCAUCUUUUGUGCCCCAGAGUGUGCUCCCAAGUGACCGUUCUGGCAUUUCUGUGUGACAGCCUCUCCUGCAUUGACCUCCUUAUCUUUCCUCCAACCUCUUGCCUUUUCCAUAGCUGUCAACUCUGACACCCUGCAGGAAGCAUUGGCACCCAGCAUGUUCUUGGUACAGCCUUAGCCUGUGCCAGAGGCACUUGGCAAGCAGCACCAAACCAUACAGUGCAGCAGUGAGCUGCCAGGCUGAAAUAAACACCUCUAGGCAGUGAGCAGUUCCCAAAAGGACGUGAACAGGUCAGCACCACCAGCUCAGGCCUUUUCUGUCUCACAUCUGCCUUCUUCAUAGUUUAGAAGGGAGUUCUGGACUGAAGAAAUGGUAGUGCUUGUCUUUGGGGUGCUGAGGAGGCGGGAAGUGGUGUCAUACUGUGCUCUCACCAAGGGCAAAAGCCUCCUCUUAUGCCCAUGUCGAUGCUAGGUUAUUAGCUUUGUGUAGAACAUGGUAGAAUGGGGCUCUUCAGAUAUUCCUCAGGUGACACUGGCCUUGGGUCUGAGUCUUGACCUAUCCUGUCACAAUUCUUUAGCCUCUCUCUCUUUUCCAGUGACCCUACACAGUGAGUGCCACCACUCCCUAUGUGGGGAGUACGUUGUUGUGUUGGUCCUCUAUCUCCACUUAAGUCUUUGACCUGUACCUCUAGGGCUCCUGCUCUGUCGUCAGAGAACAGACCUAUCUAAUAGCGGUACGUCUGCUUCAACAGAGGGUACGAUGAAAGAAAAUGCCAAGGAUUCUAUCGUUGACAUUAUUAUUAUUAUUAUUAUUAUUAUUAUUAUUAUUAAUUUAUUUGUAUCAGUGUUUUGUCUGCAUGUCUGUGAAUGCCUGGUUAACUGUGGAGGCCGAAGAGUGUGUCAGAUCUCCUGGAACUGGAAUUACAGAUGGUCAUGAACCACCAUGUAGAUGCUGGGCAUUGUACCUGGUCCUCUGGAAGAACCAGGCUCUUAACUGUUGAGCCAUCACUCUGGCCCCAACAUUGCUUUAUACUUCUAAGGCACAUACUUACCGUGUUUUGGCGCCCUACCCAAUGUUAGAUAGCAGACCUACAGCCACACAUAUGCUGAACAUGACCUCUGAGCUAUACUCUCAGGCUGUGUUUAGACAACAAAUGGAAUAAUCUUAUCACUUGUCUGUGAAAGUACUUCUUGUUCACUGUUUAGUGCCCUUUAAAGCAUUGUUAAUGAUAUGUACAGCCCCAUGAGUAAUACCGAGGUUUUAAAUAAGUCUCAUCAUUUCCAAGACAGUUGUUUUUUCAUCAAGUGUUCUAGCAACUUCUCUUCCAUCUGAUGGUCAGCUACUUUUAACUCUCAUGGUUAUUCUUAUAGUCAGUCUCAGAGAAUAAAUUGUUUAAAUCAA